AGACCUACUGCAAUCCCCCGCAGAGAUGGCCGACGUAGAAAAUGACCAAAGACGCGAAGAGGAGGAGCGUCAGGAGCCGGAGCCACGCAACGAUGAGGAUGAUAGGGAAAUCGACGAGAUGAAGCAGCGCGUACAGCAAAUGGAAGAAGAGGCAAACCAAUUGCGCGAGAUGCAGCAAAACCUCGACGUCGAGCGCGGCGACCUGCGCGAGAACAGAGAAGACGUGGAUGCGCGUAGCGUGUUCGUCGGCAACGUCGAUUACGGCGCAUCACCCGAGGAGAUACAGGCACAUUUCCAGAGCUGCGGCAGCAUAAACCGUGUCACCAUCCUGCUAGACAAAUUUACCGGUCAUCCCAAAGGGUAUGCGUAUGUUGAGUUCACUGAACCGAGCUUGGUUAGCCAGGCUCUGGUGCUCGACGAGAGUUCCUUCCGAGGCCGCAAUCUAAAGGUUGUACCCAAGCGAACAAACCUGCCUGGUAUGGCUGGUCGAGGCCGGGGUCGUGGAGGGGGUCGUGGUGGCUACGGUGGCCGUGGUUCCUAUGGCGGCCGAGGCGGUGGCCAUGGAGCACCACGCGGAGGUGGAUACAGAGGUGGAUAUCGUCCGCGCGCCCCAGGAUACCGUCCUUACUAGGACACCUCACAAAGGCAAGAAUAUCGUGCUGACAUCAAACUGUCGACCGGUGGACACUGGUCGCUUCGAGGACUUAUUAUUUCAGUCUCAGAAACAGACAGAGGUAUUGAUCAACGGGAAGGAAUCACCAAUAUCUGGGCUUAUAUUUAUGUAUUAUAGCAGCAAACCCCGCUACCACAAGCCUCGCAGCUGCGGUGCUUUUCAUGGCUGGUGUAGUGUG